AUGGCGUCGACCUCCUCGCGACCGCCAGUACAAGCCUCGGGGAAAGCGACUCUAUCCCUGUCACGUGAAGUCGUGGGACAAUUCAAACCAGCUCGCGUCUUCAAGGACGCUGUCAACAACAGUACAGCUAGCGACAGCCAAGGAGUGUCAUCUCCGCCGCGGCAGCCACUUCAGCUCACCGGCAUUGCAUUUGAUGACACUGGAGACCGCUGUGUCACCACUGGCGAGGACGACGUGUUUACUGUAUACGACACGAGGAAGGGCAAGCGCCUGACCUUCCUCGCAGAAAGCUUCGAACGCUAUACUCAAAGAAGUACGGAAUUGCACAUGCCCGGUUUGCCCAUCGACGGGAAAACAUCAUCCACGCUUCGACCAAGGGUGAUCAUGCAGUUCGCUACCACUCGAUGCACGACAACAAGUACCUAUCUUACUUUCAAGGUCAUUCUAGCACGUGAGAAACACCAUGUCUACGCCAGCCAGUCGCUUACAUUCAGCGUGAGAUCUCUGCAAAUGAACCCGGCAGACGACACAUUCAUCUCGGCUGGUGACGAUGGAACAGUUCGCCUGUGGGAUCUUCGCCAGCCGACCUGUCGCGGACUGGUUAAUGACGUUGGCGGUUCAACAAUAGCCGCCUUUGAUUCCACGGGGGCUGUGUUCGCGGUCGCAUGCUCAGCGAAUCAGACGGUUAUGCUGUUCGACUCCGGAUCGCUAGAUGAUUCUCCAUUUGCCCACGCCGCGCUGGUCGACCCUGCUCUUGCGCAAAUCUCUGCUCCGCCACCUCGCCCAAAGUUUACAUCGUUGUCCUUUUCUAACAAUGGCGCGUAUCUACUAGUCGGCACCUCGUCUAGUGUCCAUUAUGUCUUAGACGCGUUCGAUCUCAACGUUGUGCGGCGUUUGGAAGGACAUCAAGGCUUAGGAUCAUUGAGUGGAGAAGAGGUCUGCUGGAGUGCGGAUUCCAACUGGGUCCUGUCUGGUUCGAUAGAUGGAACAAUAGUGGCGUGGGACUUAACUCCCCCAACGGGUGCCGCCAAACUGGAAAGUGUCGGACGCGACAGGCUCGCGGAAACCUUGAAACCUGUGACAGUAUUGAAAGCAGGUGACGGUCAACACGCUCCAAGUCGAGCCGUGGCGUUUAACCCACGCUACGGCAUGAUGGGCGUCGGCGGCGAGGAACUCUCAUUUUGGCUCCCAGCACAAGCCGUUGAGCCAGAGGAAGGUUGGUAG